AGUAUUCUUGGGUGCACAGAAUAGGCAGGUGUUUACAAACGUCAAUUUGUCAGAAACAAAACUGAAAGCGUAGCCGAAAAUUAGCAAAUGUGAUUAGACGUUAAUUUUCUAAAUCGUAUGGAGGCCCACAACAGUCUUCAGCGAAUAUAAUUUAUAUCGUUGAUUGGUAUUUUAAUUGUGUCUGUUGGGGCAGAUAGAUAAAAACAAGCAGGUGCAGUGUCUAAAGUUACACAGAGGUGUGGCUGUGGGCUGUGUCAGCAGGACACAUGGCAGAAGAAGGCAACAAGCUGACACUGAGGCGCCUGGAGGCACCGAUCCACAAGUUCAUUAAAGUGGCUCUACCCACAGACCUGGAAAGGCUGCAGAAACACCACAAUAACAUACUAAAGUACCAACAUAACCAGCAGUGGGAUCGCCUUCAUCAGGAGCAUAUCAAUGCCAGCAGAACUGUUCAGCAGCUGAGAGCUAACAUCAGAGAGAUGGAGAAGCUGUGCGCUCGAGUCCGUGUUGAAGACGCCGACGCCCUGGAAGCACUUGUCAAGCCGGUUAGAGACAGGGCGUCAGCAGCUGCACAAGACUUCCUGCUUUUGCACUCUAACCCCACAUCAGCACCUGCAGCUCAGCCAACCAGCUGUGGGUCGAGCAGCUGGCAUGCUGAUGACGAGGUGGGUGAGGAGCCAGUGUCUGACAGGCAGAUACAGCUCUACCUUCCAGAAAUCCCUGCAGAUCAAAGUGCAGCUGAGUCCUGGGACAACCUGGAAGUGGAUCUGAAGGAGCUGAGUGGUUUGGUGAUGGAGUUCUCUCUGCUCGUCCACUCCCAGCAGGAGAAGAUGGACAGCAUAGAGGGCAACGUCAACACAGCCGCUACCAACGUGGAGGAGGGGACCAAGAGCCUGGGGAAGGCGGUGGGCUACAAGUUGGCGGUGCUGCCGGUGGCUGGGGCACUGCUGGGCGGUGUAUUAGGAGGUCCACUUGGCCUGCUGGCUGGGUUCAAAGUUGCAGGGGUGGCCGCUGCCAUCGGAGGGGGCGCCCUGGGCUUCGCUGGGGGUAGCCUGGUCAAGAAACACCGCAAAGCCCAACUGGAUCUACAGAUGAAAAAACUGACAGAACCACCAGGAACCUGAAUCAAGCAAGGACAAAUGACCCAACAGUUAAGGCCCAUCCUCUGACCCUGGCUACUGGUUAAAGACUGAAGCUCGUGUGAUAACUGACCAAUCAGAAGCACAAACUAGACUCAAAGAGACUCCCUAUCAGAUGUCAUUGCCAAGCAUCGCUGUUACCAAGCACUGUAAAACAAAUAUGCAGUAACAGCCUUUUUUUUUUUUUUUUAUUCU